AUGCCUGAGCGGCGCAUUAUCAUCAUCGGAGCCGGCCCAGCAGGCCUCACGCUUGGUCGUCUUCUGCAAUGCCACUCCAUCCCCUUUACCAUCUAUGAGCGAGAUGCUUCGCCAAACGCUCGGCUCCAAGGUGGUUCCCUUGACCUCCAUCCUGCGUCCGGCCAACGAGCUCUUCUUGAAUGUGGCCUUAUCGAUGCUUUCAACAAACAUGCCCGAUACCACGAUCAAGAUUUCCGAGUGGCCGACAAGGACGGCAAGAUCUGGCUAGAUUACAAAGCCCCUCCUGACGCUAAAGGCCGUCCGGAGAUUGAUCGCCUGGUUCUGCGAAACAUUCUGUUGGAAUCGAUCGAGCCCAAAAGUAUCAGAUGGGGCCACCAUGUAUCAAUAGUCAAGCGACAAGACGAUGGUCGAUUUGAAGUACACUUUAAAGAUCGGGAGGACACUGAAGUUGCCGACCUUGUCAUCGGUGCUGAUGGGGGACGGUCCAAAGUACGAUCACUGUUGACAGACGUGCAACCUUACUAUGCCGGGAUGACGAUGAUUGAUAGUCGAAUCUACAAUCUUGAUGAGAAAUACCCGGACAUGGGGAAGUUCCUGGGCCGCGGAUCCCUAUUCGCCUUUGGUCAGCGUCGUGGACUCCUUGCUCAGCGAAAUGGCGAUGGCAGCAUUCGUGUCUAUCCCUGUUUACAGGUUCCAGAGAGUUGGGCAUUUGAUCCAGCGCUGAAUUGGGACGACACCGAGAAGAUUAAAGAGAUGCUGCUUGUAUCAUUCUUUGAGAACUGGGAUGACCGUCUCAAGGAUCUUGUGCGCUAUGCGGAUGCGCCCAUCUUUCCUCGUCCCGUGUACCAGGUGCCUCUCGGUUCUAGAUGGGAGACACAAAAAGGGUUGACCCUGGUAGGGGACGCCGCUCACCUGAUGUCGCCAUUUGCGGGAGAGGGGGUCAAUCUGGCCAUGCUGGAUGCAUUGGAAUUAGCCAACGCCAUUGUCGAGAAUCCAACCGACCUCGACGAGGCAAUUCGCAAAUAUGAGUCCAAUAUCUACGAUCGCGCAGAUGCGGCGAACAGAAUGGCUCAAGAAGGCAUGAAAAGGGCUCUUAUGGAUGAUGCGCCAAAGACAUAUGUGGAGGAAACGAGCAAAAUUAUAGAGCUACUUGCUGAUGGUCGCCUCCCAGAGUAG